AUGUCGGCACUGGCGACCAGUGUAUUGAAGCAGCGGGCGGCAGCUCAAGGUCGUGGCUCCCACCAUGAAAGCGUCAAGUAUUCGGGCCAGGACUUUGAGACCCUGAGGAGGCAGUGCUUGGACUUGGGGGUCCUGUUUGAGGACCCUGAGUUCCCAGCGUGUCCAUCAGCCUUGGGCUACCAGGACCUGGGUCCAUACUCCCCCCAGACUCGAGGCGUCGUCUGGAAGCGGCCCCCGGAGCUGUGUGCCAGGCCUCAGUUUAUCAUUGGUGGAGCCACGCGCACAGACGUCUGUCAGGGAGAACUGGGUGACUGCUGGCUCCUGGCGGCCCUCGCCUCCCUCACCUUGAAUGACAAGCUGCUUUACCGCGUGGUCCCCAGAGACCAGGACUUCCAGCAGAACUAUGCAGGGAUCUUUCAUUUCCAGUUCUGGCGGUACGGCCAGUGGGUGGACGUGGUCGUGGACGACAGGCUGCCCACCAAGAACGGAGAGCUGCUGUUCCUUCGCUCCGGGACGGGCGGCGAGUUCUGGAGCGCCCUGCUGGAGAAGGCCUACGCCAAGCUCCACGGCUCCUAUGAGGCUCUCACCGGGGGGUCCACAGUGGAGGGGCUUGAGAGUCUCACAGGUGGCAUCUGUGAGUUUUAUGACCUAAGGACACCUCCGGCCGGCCUGUUUCAGAUCAUCCGGAAGGCCCUACGCGCGGGGUCGCUGCUGGCCUGCUCCAUCGAUGUCUCCGGUGCAGCCGAGGCGGAGGCAGAGGCUACCACCUGCCAGAAGCUGGUGAAGAGCCACGCCUACUCUGUCACUGGAGUCGAAGAGGUGGAUUUCCGAGGCCAUCUGGAGAAGCUGGUCAGACUCCGGAACCCAUGGGGCGAAGUGGAAUGGACGGGGGCGUGGGGUGACAGUGCACCAGAGUGGAAUCACAUAGACCCCAGGCGGAAGGAGGAGCUGGACAAGAGAGCAGAGGACGGGGAGUUCUGGAUGUCAUUUUCGGAUUUCUUGAGGCAGUUCUCGCGGCUGGAGAUGUGUAACUUGUCCCUGGACUCCCUGAGCGGCGACCAGCUGCACAAAUGGAACCUGGUCCUGUUCAGUGUCCGCUGGACGCCGGGCUCCACGGCCGGGGGCUGCCUGAACUUCCCGGGAGAGGCGGAGGGCCCCACUCACUGGACUAAUCCGCAGUUCCGAAACCAUCUGGACGAGGUGGAUGGCAGCCUGCAGGGGCGUCGGUGAGCCUGCUGUCCGGUGCUGCCAGGUCUGGUGCAGAAGACUCGCAGGCGAGGGAAGAGAAUAGGACAGGGCACGUUCAGAAUUGGCUCUAGUGUCUACAAAGUACUUUUCGAGCUGGGUCGUCCUCAUUCCACACUGGGUGUCUUUGCCUGGGACGUUGUGGCCCGUAGUUCGGGUCCCCAGAGAGGUAGGCGAGCACUGGCAGAGGCGUCUCUCCUUUGGGAUAUGGUGCCUGCUUCCUCCCACACUGUCCCGGAGCUGCUGACCGUGGGGCAGAGCCCCGCCAACGACUCGCCCCUGUGCCGGAGCUUCUUCCUGGACUGGAACUUCUUCCUGGGCCGCCAGCCCGCUGCGCGCUCUGGGACCCCCACCGCCCUGCGGGAGGUGACCCGCCGGCUGCAGCUGCCCCCUGGGGAGUACCUGUGCCUGCCGUCCACUCUCCAGCCCUUCCAGGACGGCGACUUCUACCUGAGGGAGAUGGGGGACAUGGUAGCUGGAAACCCACAGGAGGAAUCUCCAAGUCGUGACAGUCAGACGUUCAAGGCCCUGACUGACCUCCUGGACCGCACGCCCAGGAGGUGGAGCAGGAAGAUGGCUGGGGGGAGCCUGCUGGGAAGCGGGCCCCUCCCUGCACUGCCGGGGACACAGUGA